AUGAAUUCUAAUAAAGCUUUCGUAAUUCGUAGUAAAUUACCAAUAUCAGCUGCUUUGAGUGAAAGACGUACAUGCAUAGUACAUAUCUAUCGAAAUAGUUAUAAUGUUGAUAAUGAUAAACUUAAACGUUUAAAAGUCUGUGACGUGACUGUUGAAGAUCAUGGAGAUAAAGAUGAGACCAUAGGAGUAUGGUGCUGGUAUGACGCACGUUCAUUGGAUAUCGUUGAAUAUGAUUUAGAAUGGCCAAAUAUAUAUAAAAAUGAAUAUACAAAAAUCAUGCAAUGUUUAGAAGAAAAUGUAGUCGAUCACCAUCAAACAUUAUUAGCAGAAAUUUAUCACAUUGGCAGUACAAGUAUCGAGGGAAUGUGCUCAAAACUUCAUAUUGAUAUUUUAAUCUUAAAAGCAAAUAUUCGUGGGAAUUUGGGUAUAAUUAAAGCUGAUGAUAUACAAGUAGCACUUCAGAAACUUGGCUACAAAGAGGUUUACAACGGAACCAAUGCCCGGGCCAAUGCCUUAUAUAUUAACGUAAGACUGAUAGUUGUUUAG